CCCUCCCGCGCGGCGCAGCCUCGAUCGUAGCCCAUCGUAGUCCGACCGACGACAGACGAGCGACCGACAGCGGCAAGCGGCAGUGUUGUGACGGCGAGUGUGUGUGCGAUGCUCGGACGGUGAUCGCAGCAUGGUGAACUACGUCAACCCGCUGGCCAUGUACCAAGGCAAAGGCGGCCAGUACGGCGCGGGCGGCUGGUACGGCUGGCAGCACCAGAACUACGAGGAGCAGCAGUGGUCGGCGUGGAACGCGGCGCCGGCCGGAGAAUGGCCCGCGGAGCCGCACCACUUCCCGAAGCGCGAGCCGGGCGAGCGGGAUGUCGGGGAGAUGCCCUCGCCGGCGAGAGGGGACCUGGCCAGCCCCGGGGAGAGCUCGCCGGGCUCGCGGCCCUCGCAGCCCGCGCAUCCCCCGCAUGCGCCGCACCCGCCGGGACCGCCUCGCUCCCCCUACGAGUGGAUGAAGAAGCCCAACUACCAGACACAACCUAAUCCAGGUUUUUAUUUUACAAGUAAAACACGGACAAAGGACAAAUAUCGCGUCGUAUAUACAGAUCACCAGCGACUGGAGUUGGAGAAAGAGUUCCACUAUAGUCGAUAUAUUACAAUCCGACGCAAGGCAGAGCUUGCGGCUAGUCUCGGACUCUCAGAGAGACAGGUAAAAAUAUGGUUUCAAAAUCGUCGUGCCAAGGAGCGCAAACAGGUUAAGAAACGCGAAGAAGUCGUGAUGAAAGAGAAAGGUGAUCACGCGUCGCUGCAGCACGCGCAGCUGCACCACGCGACCAUGCUUCAUCACCAGCAGAUGAUGAAUGGUAUGAUGCAUCAUCAUCACUAUCACCAAGGUGUCUUACAAGGGGUGCCAGAGCCGCUCGUCCCCGGAGUACCACCGGUCCCCUUGCUGUGACCGCAGCAACAGAACUUUAGUGUUCACACUGAUGUCUACGGACAGUGAGUGAUAAAUGUGACAGUUAAAACCAAUAGUGCGCGUAAACUUUGACUAUUGCAUUAAAUAAACUCGAUCUUUGUAAUAUAUGUAAUAAAUUUGUGCAAUCUUCACCAACGUUCUUUAGUACAAGGUGACUUGUAUUCUUGUUGGUAAAACAUCUAUCGUGGCUACCCUAAACUGUCAUCGUAUGGCAAUCGCCAUGUACGCAUCUAGUACUCAGGCUUUAUUUAAUAAUGACAUACUUUUUUAUUAAUAAUUUGGAACAAAUGUAUAACGCUCUUAAUGGAUAAAGUCCGCGAACUAGGGCUAUGAACUAUAUACAUUUAAUGUAAUUUUUGACACUGAACGGACAUAGGUAGUUAACAUUUUACGGUUUUAUUGAAGUUAAUCGUUUU